UGUCGACGGCGCCUUAGUCUCCUCCAUGUCAAACCAAUUGGUGCCGCUCUUUAGAGUUCUUUGACUUCGCUCCCGUUCCUUUACGUCCCCUGAUUCGCAAUUGCUCUUUUCCUGCUAAAUUAUCAGCCCACGGCCUGAGACCUUGAUAUCGAAUCCCGAACGCAGCGCUUGCGACGCGCGCGAGAGGAAAGAUGCCAGCGAAGUCGAGGUUUACGAGGCUAGAUGCCUUCACAAAGACGGUCGAGGAUGCGCGGAUCCGGACAACCUCGGGCGGCAUUGUCACAAUAGUGUCGCUUAUCGUGGUCAUUUUCCUCGCCUGGGGUGAAUGGCGCGACUACCGGAGGAUAGUCGUGCACCCGGAGCUGAUUGUGGACAAGGGCAGAGGCGAGCGCAUGGAGAUCCACCUCAACAUAACCUUCCCCCGAGUCCCCUGCGAGCUGAUCACACUUGAUGUCAUGGAUGUUUCGGGGGAGCAGCAGCACGGUGUUCAGCACGGUGUGACCAAGACCAGGUUGCGACCGCUGAGCGAGGGCGGUGGUGACAUUGACUCGAAGGCUAUUGCUCUGCAUGCGCAAGACGAGGCUGCAACCCACCUCGACCCAUCCUAUUGCGGCGCGUGCGGCGGCGCAGCUCCUCCGAGCACUGCGAAGAAGCCCGGAUGCUGCAACACGUGCGAGGAGGUCAGGGAGGCAUACGCGCAGCAAGGUUGGGCCUUUGGUAGGGGUGAGGGCAUCGAGCAGUGCGAGCGCGAGCACUACAGCGAGAAGCUGGACGAGCAGCGGCACGAAGGAUGCCGCAUCGAGGGCGGGCUGCGCGUCAACAAGGUGGUGGGAAACUUCCACAUCGCGCCAGGCCGGAGCUUCAGCAACGGUAACAUGCACGUGCACGACCUCAAGAACUACUGGGACACGCCCGUCAAACACACCUUCACCCACACGAUCCACCACCUGCGCUUCGGUCCGCAGCUGCCCGACAGCCUGAACAAGAAGCUGGGCACCAAAAACCUGCCGUGGACGAACCACCACCUCAACCCGCUCGACGGCACCAACCAGGAGACGGACGACGUCAACUUCAACUACAUGUACUUCAUCAAAAUCGUCCCCACGUCGUACCUGCCGCUUGGCUGGGAGAAGAAGUGGGCCGGUUUCCGCGAGGAGCAUCACGCCGAGCUGGGGUCGUUUGGCGCCUCGGCCGACGGCAGCGUCGAGACCCACCAGUACUCGGUCACCAGCCACAAGCGGAGUCUUUCCGGCGGCGAUGAUGCCGCCGAGGGCCACCAGGAGCGGUUACACGCCAAGGGCGGCAUUCCGGGCGUUUUCUUUUCUUAUGAUAUUUCGCCCAUGAAGGUCAUCAACAGGGAGGAGAAGGCCAAGAGCUUUCUGGGUUUCAUCGCGGGGCUUUGUGCCGUUGUGGGCGGUACGCUGACCGUGGCGGCGGCGGUUGAUCGCGCCUUGUUUGAGGGCACCGUGCGGCUCAAGAAGAUGAGGUCGAAGGAGUUAUGAGCCGGGCAGAGGGUGGGUUGGCAGCAACCUAUCUAUGAUAUGAUACCUUGUAUAUCCGGUUGAUGUCCUUGAUGGGUUUCGUGGUUUUUUUUUUUUUUUUCAUCGUUUUGGCUAGUAUAUAAGUAUCGUAGAUGCAUGGGAGAGGAGUUACGGUUAGGUCUCUGUGGGAAAACAGAUCUCUUCACAUCUUCUCCUUUCCAGUGAGACGGUCUGCGGGCAUUCCGCUCAUCUGAACUAUCGAACUGUUUUCCACUUCUUCAUUGACCUCUCUUCUUUCUUCUCUUCCUCCUCCUCUU